UUUUCAUUGAUUAUUUUUGUUUUCUGUUUGUACUGAAACUGUUUCAGCAUUUUGUUUUGCAUAAUUUUGAUCAUUUGUUAAAAAUCAAUUCGUUUUUUUUUUCGUUCACCACUUCCCGUUUGGAUGGUGUGUGCGUAUGUGAGAAAUUUUCGUGCAACAAAAGUUCCAGUUAUUUUAUUUCGACUAAUAAACCAAACCAUUCAAAUUUCAAUGACUGAAUACAUCGAAUCGAACUAGAAUCGAUUUUAGCAUAUACAAAUUUCAUCCUUUUGUUGUAUACAUCUCAUUUUUUUGAUGGCCCUGAAUACGCCGAAGCGCAUCAAAUUAUUUGACACAUUUGUGCAAAGUCCGGGCAGUGAUCAUAAUGUCGAGUGGCCGGAUUCAUUCGACGACGAUACAUCGACGACACCAACAAUGAAUUUAAACAAAAGCUUGUCGACAAGCGCGAAUCGCAAUGAUACAGCAAAUGGUAACGGUUCAUUGAGCCCGGUGAGCUCUUGUGAUUCGCCCGAAUUUUCAUUGCGCAAUAACAGUAAUACCAGCAGCAAUAUCAGCACAAGUAGUCACAAUAACACACCGAAUGCAUCGGCCGAUGGACGAGAAAAUCGACGUGGUCGACCGCGAUCUGAAGCACUCACUCAUCUCAUGAUUGAAGGAUCCACAUCACCGUCAUCAAUAAAGUGUACCUUUUGUAAUCGUGUAUUUCCACGCGAAAAAUCACUUCAAGCCCAUCUCCGAACGCACACAGGCGAAAAACCGUAUCAAUGUGAUUAUCCAGGAUGUACUCGUGCAUUCACACAAAGCGGCCAAUUGAAGACUCAUCAACGUUUGCAUACGGGUGAACGGCCGUUUAUGUGUUCGGCGCCAAAGUGUCAAAUGCGUUUCACACAUGCCAAUCGUCAUUGUCCGGAACAUCCGUAUGAACAAUUGAAACGUUGUGAUGGUUAUGUUAUUGCAGCCGUGACUGAACCAAACCACGAGGUAACCAAAUGGCUGGAAAAAUACAAAAUGGAAAAGGAGGAUCGAACACCAACACGUAAAACGCCAAAGCGAACGAAAACAUCACAUUCCGAUGAUAAUUCGAUGCGUACAUCAUCGAUAACAUCGACAACAUCAUCAUCAUCAUCGUUGCAUCGUUCCAGUGAAAAGUCCAAUGAAAAUUUCAACACCAUUGGCGGCGGAAGUGAUGAAAAUCAAUUUACACCAGUCACACCAAAUAAUCCGUACAAAGUUCGAAAAGGUUUAAUGACUGAAUUGGAUAUGAAUGCCGGUCUCGGUGCAAGUCCAAUAACGGGUACAAAAAUGAAGCCAACACCAAAGGUAAUUCGCUGGCACGAACCGUUAAGUCAAGAAGAAGAUUCGGCCGAUGAAUUUGAAAAUGCCGCACAAUCAGCGUUCAAUCCGAAAAAGCGUUGGUUACGCGAAGCCUGGCAAAAUGAUUUGGCACGACCGUUAGAACCGAUAACAAAUGGUCGAUCGAUCGUCGCAUCAUCAGAUGCAUACAAAACAAAUGAUAAACAUUCAACACCAUACCAAAUGCUAUCACCGUUAAAGCAACAACAACAACAACCACACCAACAGCAACAGCAACACAAAUCGUAUACCACAAUGCAACAAUAUCAACAGCACAUUAACAACGAUACAAACCAAAUGAAUCCAAAUCAAUUGCGUCCAACGGUUUUAAUGGUUGCCAGCAAAGAUCGUGCGAUGCCACUUACCAAUCUCACAACAAAUGCCAACGGUAACCAUAUGAUAACAUCGAAUACAACAUCAAAUAAAUCUCAGUUACAAGCACAACAGCCUACCUCGAAUAUAAAUAUUUUAAAUUCCCAUGUUGUUGCUGUCGCCACCGACAUCGCCACCGCCACACCGAUUUCGUCUUCAAACCCAGUGAGCAAUGAAUGCUUUGAUCUUCAGCAAAAACAUCGAAACGAAAUCGAAUCAGAUCUUCGCUUGGAUCCAAAAUAUGUGAUUGCAUCCACACCGAUUGCCAUCUCUGCACAGAGCACUGCCAGCGUUAACCACAGUAGCAGCAAUAGCAACGGCAGCAGCAACAGUAACGAAGGUACAAAUCGCAAAUGGUUGGGUGCACUUGCACUCAUGGAACUAGCCACCGAACCUAACCAAGUGUCAUCAACAUUGCCUCUAGUUUACGAAAACUCAACCACAAACUGAAUUGCCCAUUGCCCAGUUUUUAUUUACUUUUCUCACAAACAUAUAUAUUUUUUUUCAUAUGAAAUUCUCUCUUUUUUUCAUCUUUGAAUUUGUAAUAACAGAGCAAAGCAAAAAUAUUGUCUAUUUUUUCCCUUUUUUCUAUUACUUUUAAGUUUACGAAUCACAUCGUGACGCUAAAUUUCAAUUAUUAUUAUAUUUUUUUUAUUUAAGAUUUCUCUAUUUCUACAUCUUGAAUCUAUAUUUUUUUCUUUCGUUUUCAAAAACAAACUACAUAAAAGAUCAUAUUUUUCACUUCACCCAGUACUAUUUCUCACUCUAUAAGUUAAAUAAUUGAGACUUUUUUUUAUAAUUAAUCAUAACAAUUCUGAAACAC